AAAAAAAAAAAAAGAAAAGAAAAAAAAAAAUGCUGCUCAGUAGACUCGGUUGAUCUCCGUUGUAAGAAAUUUGAGCUGAACUAGUGAGACAUAGAAUACACAUUCAACACACACACACACACACACACACACACACACACACACACACUCUUCAGGCACAGCAGAUAACUAAGGCUAAGGCAAUCACAAGUAUACAGGAGUGAAGAAAGACAGAAGAAGCCGAGGGGAACCCUGGCUGGCAGAAGUCAUCCUCCUAAGAAACUGGCGGCAUUUGUGCAGCGGGGAUCCGAUCUCUGAUGGCACUCCAUUCAAUUAAGAAAGUAGCUUAGAGAGCUGGAGAGAAUAAUAUGGAUCCAGAGGAAUUUCCUCCUCCACCACCUGAAAUUUUAGAAAAUGAGUUAAAAAGUGCUACUAAUAAUGAUGAAGAGGAAGAAGGAGAACAAUUUGAUUUUGACAGUGGAGAUGAAAUUCCAGAAGCUGAUAGACAAGUACUUCUGCCAUCAUCCGAAUUUAACUCCAGAGAGGAUGGUGAAAAUAAAGAAAGUCCAUCGACAGGUGAAUGCCCAGGAGACAGUAAUGAAGCUGGAGCAGACAAUUUGCAAGCUGUAGAAGAUGGUAAACUAGCUGUGCCUGUGAAAGUGAAUCCAUAUUCAGUCAUCAAUAUUACACCAUUCCAGGAGAAGGAACCACUGUCACCAGAUCCAAGUGCUGAAGAAGAAAGUUCAAACUCCAGUGUGCCAAGUGUUUAUUCUGUUCCUGUGCCUUGUGGUUAUGCAGUUCCUUCCAAUUUACCAUUGAUACUUCCGGCCUACUCUAGUCCCAUCAUCAUUCGCACUCUUUCUGUGGAUGAAGAAGUAGAUACACAGGAGCUUACAGAAGAGUCUCAUUUCAAUUCUUUAAGUUCAGAGGAUCCCCCAAACAGUGAAGACCAGGUUAAUAAAGAAGACAGUCCUCUAGCCAAGUGGGUUGCAGAUCCUGCCAAUACAGCAUGGAUGGAAAACCCAGAAGAAGUGAUUUAUGAUGAUGUUCCAAGAGAAAAUUCAGACUCAGAACCAGAGGAAAUGAUUUAUGAUGAUGUUGAGAAUGGGGAUGAAGGUGGAAACAGCUCUUUGGAUUAUGGGUGGAGUUCAAGUGAAUUUGAAAGCUAUGAAGAGCAAAGUGAUUCAGAAUGCAAAAAUGGGAUUCCGAGCUCCUUUUUGCGAGGCAACCACAAAAAGCAACUAUCUCAUGACCUAACCCGUUUAAAGGAGCACUAUGAAAAAAAGAUGAAAGAUUUGAUGGCAAACACUGUGGGAGCAGUAGAGAUUCAGCAGCUAAAGCAAAAACAUGAGCUGAAGAUGCAAAAACUCAUGCGGGCAGCAAAAGAAGGUACCAAAGAUGGCCUUGAAAAAACCAAAGCUGCUGUGAAAAAAGGCCGUUCAUUCAUCCGGACUAAAUCAUUUGUUUCCAAUGAACACAGAUCUUGUCUUCAAGAGGAAGAGCUAAACUUAUUUAUUGAUGUUGAUUGUGUACAUACAGAGGCAAUUAUGACUCCAAUGCCUGAAGGUUUAUCACAGCAACAAGUUGUGAGAAGAUAUAUUUUGGGUUCAGUUGUUGAUAGUGAAAAAAACUAUAUGGAUGCUCUUAAAAGGAUUAUGGAGCAAUAUGAAAAGCCACUUUCAGAGAUGGAACCAAAAGUUUUGAGUGAAAGGAAACUUAAAAUGGUAUUUUAUCGCAUUAAAGAAAUUCUUCAGUGUCAUUCUAUGUUCCAGAUUGCUUUGGCCAGUCGAGUAUCAGAAUGGGAUUCCAUUGAAAUGAUUGGAGAUGUCUUUGUUGCUUCGUUUUCCAAAUCCAUGGUGCUGGAUGCUUACAGUGAAUAUGUGAAUAAUUUUAGUACAGCUGUGGGAAUUCUCAAGAAAACAUGUGCUACCAAACCAGCUUUUUUGGAUUUUUUGAAGCAAUGCCAAGAAUCAAGUCCUGAUCGAAUUACCCUCUAUGGUUUGAUGAUGAAGCCAAUACAACGCUUCCCACAGUUUAUUCUUCUCCUCCAGGACAUGUUGAAGAACACCACAAAAGGACAUCCUGAUAGGCUACCCCUGCAGAUGGCACUUACAGAGCUUGAAACAUUAGCAGAGAAGCUCAAUGAAAGGAAAAGAGAUGCAGAUCAGCGAUGUGAAAUCAAGCAGAUAGCAAAAGCUAUAAAUGAAAGAUACCUGAACAAGCUUCUCAGCAGUGGAAAUAGAUACCUCAUUCGUUCUGAUGACAUGGUAGAAACUGUUUACAAUGACAGAGGAGAGAUUGUCAAGACCAAAGAACGUCGACUCUUCAUGUUGAACGAUGUGUUGAUGUGUGCUACUGUUAGUGCCCGCACUUCACAUGAAAGUAGUGGGGCUAUAUCAACUAGCCAAAGAUAUUUAUUAAAAUGGAGUGUUCCUCUUGGGCAUGUAGACGUCAUAGAAUACAGCAGUGGUCAAGGCCAAGGAGAAAAUAGCAGAUACCCUCCAACACAUUCCACUGAAAGCAUUAUUGUGGUCGCCAAUGCUAAGCCACAUAAACUUUACAUGGGGCCAGGACAACUGUACCAUGAUUUACAAAAUUUGUUGCAUGACUUGAAUGUAGUUGGUCAAAUCAGUCAAUUGAUAGGAAACUUAAAAGGAAACUAUCAGAACUUAAAUCAGUCAGUGGCACAUGAUUGGACAUCAGGUUUACAAAAGCUUAUCAUGAAAAAAGAAGAUGAAAUCCGAGCAGCUGAUUGCUGUCGAAUUCAGUUGCAGCUCCCAGGGAAACAAGACAAGUCUGGACGGCCUACUUUCUUUACAGCUGUGUUUAAUACAUUUACCCCGGCCAUCAAACAAUCUUGGAUCAACAACUUACAGAUGGCUAAGCUUGCCCUGGAGGAGGAGAAUCAUCUGGGCUGGUUCUGUGUAGAAGAUGACGGGAAUCAAAUAAAAAAGGAGAAACAUCCUCUUCUCGUUAAACACAUGCCAGUGAUGGUGGCCAAACAGCAGGAGUUUAAGAUUGAAUGUGCUGCUUAUAAUCCAGAACCUUACCUUGGCAAUGAAGCUGAGCCGGAUUCAUUUUCCAUGCAGCAUGGAUUCCUAUGGAUUGGCAGUUGUACUAAUCAAAUGGGCCAAAUAGCCAUCAUCUCAUUUCAACAUUCCAGUCCAAAAGUGAUUGAAUGCUUCAAUGUGGAAUCAAGAAUUCUUUGUAUGGUAUAUAUUCCGGUGCAUAUUCAGAAACAUAAGGAACCCAAUGUCACUUCUGAUUCAGAAACUGUAGUUGGAAAAGCUUCAGAUGUACCUGCUAUUUGUGUUGGCACAGAAGAAGGGAGUAUUUCUAUUUAUAAAAGUAGUCAAGGCUCGAAGAAAGUGCGACUUCAACACUUUUUCACACCUGAAAAGUCUACUGUCAUGAGCCUGACUUGCACAUCCCAGUAUCUCUAUGCAGGUCUUGUUAAUGGGAAUGUUGCUGUCUACACCAAAACAGAAGAUGGAUCCUGGAAUUCUGAACCUCAAAAAGUGAUCAAAUUAGGUGUCCUGCCAGUUAGAAGUCUACUAAUGAUGGAAGAUACAAUAUGGGCAGCUUCCGGUGGACAAGUUUUUAUCAUCAGUAUUGAGACCCAUUCUAUAGAAAACCAUCUGGAGGCCCAUCAAGAGGAGGGAAUGGUGAUCUCUCACAUGGCAGUUGCUGGAGUUGGCAUCUGGAUUGCCUUUACAUCUGGAUCUACUCUCCGUCUUUUUCACACAGAGACACUAAAACAUCUCCAGGACAUUAACAUAGCUACUCCUAUUUACCAUAUGUUGUCAGGGCAACAGCGGGUAUCUGUGACUAGUCUGCUUGUGUGUCAUGGUUUAUUAAUGGUUGGAACAAACCUGGGAAUCAUCGUUUCACUACCAGUUCCUCGUUUACAAGGAAUUCCCAAAGUGACUGGCAGAGGUAUGGUUUCAUAUCAUGCACAUAACGGCCCUGUGAAAUUUCUUGUUAUGGCUCCAGCUUUAAACAAAAAAAACACAAGUCAUUCCAGAAAUAGUCUGCUUCCAAACUCUGAAUCUCAAGAUGAUGACCAGAAGGACAUUCUUCCAAAUGAGGUAUCUAAUUCCUGUCUAAGUCAGAGCACUUCUGACAAUGCAGUUUGGUUAGGGGACUCGGUGGGAUCCAUCAUCCAAAAAAGUGACCUGUCAUCAUCAUCUGGAUCAUUGACUUUGUCACAUGGGUCCAGUUCUUUGGAGCAUGGACCAGAGGACAGCACCAUUUAUGAGCUCUUAAAAGAUCCAAAUAUUGCACUUAAUAAAGGGAAGAAUCAUCAGUUCAAGAAAACAAAGGCAAGUUCAGUAUUAGUCAUCUGUGGAGGACAGGGGCAUCGAAGGGUGAAUAAGAAAGCCAAGCAACAGCGGCAAGAUGAUUUGGUUUCCUCUGUUAUGGUCUGGCAGAUUCCUCUGUUAAAUGUAUAAAAGUGAAUGCAGUAUAUUUAACAAUCAUGGAGUCUGCAAUUGAUACUUUUUUGACUAAAUCAUAGACUACAUGAUUGAAGCUGUAUCUAUACUGAUGGGGAGUGAAAAGGGAAAGCAUAGUAUUUAGGGAAAAUAUGUGCAAUAUAGUAGUGGCGGCUACUCUGUCCAUUUGCCUAUUUUAUUCUCUGCUGCAAAUUGGGAUUAUAAGCACUAUAGAAACAAGUUUCAAAGUUGAAGCUCUUUCUUUUAAUAAUUUGAAAUGUGCAAGAAAAUGCGCAGUUUUUUUUUGUUAUUGUUUAUUUUUUUGGGGGGGGGGAGGGUGUUGGUUUUUGCUACUGUAGCUCAUACCCUAAAUGCUAAACUGGUUACAUCAAUUCAUUCUUUUCAAAGCUCUUGUGACAUAAUCAUCCUAAAGUCAUUCUCAAACUAAGAAUUUGCAAGUGCUAAAAAUUCAGCAUAUGGGAUAGUGCAAAAAGACUUUCUAUUAACAGUUCUUAAAACAUUCCUACAUCUUUUCAGAUGUGUGACUUUAUUUAUAUUUUCUUUUAUAUAUUUCAGAGUAAAAUUUGUAACAGUUAGAAAAGGCAGGGAAUACAUAUCAGUCCAUAUGCUCUUGUUUGCUUUCAUAUGUCAGCUGUUUUUUCUUUCCAAAGUGAUCUGCAUGUUUUAUGUAUUUUAACAAAGUAGCUUUUUAUAUUAUUUUUUUUCAAUAAAAAUUUGAGGUAAAAAUUGUAAUCAAUGUAUAAUCUGUAACAGUAUUCUAUAAAAAGAGCAUGUUUU